CAGGCAGAACUUAUCUGACCGUUCCCAUAGCAACGAUCAGAAGCAGGACCCUCCCCAGAGCCACAGUGACCUCACUGAUGAGGUCACAGACGACAUCAUGAACAUCACAACAGAUCAAAGAAGUUCUGAGGCUUUAACUGCUUGAAUCUCAACACAACAGUUAGAAUCCAAACGCUUCAGAUAUCUGGUGACGACAGGGAUGAGGAAAGUUUUCGACCAUUUCUUUCCUGGAAACGACUCGGACGCAAGUACCUCCCAGGAUAUUGAGAGAGAUCUGUUUUGGGACGGGCUUCCAACGGUUCCCAAAGAUAAAACUGACCCGGCUGGGGAAGUUUCUUCUCUCGAAAGUCCGAGUCGUUUCUCAACCUCCCAGCAUGUUGACAGAGAUUUGUUUUGGGACGGGCUUCCAACGGUUCCCAGAAAUAAAACUGACCCGGCUGGGGAAGUUUCUUCUCUCGAAAGUCAGAGUCGUUUCUCAAGCUCCCCGGAUGUUGACAGAGAUUUGUUUUGGGACGGGCUUCCAACGGUUCCCAGAGUUCAAGCUGACCCGGCUGGGGAAGUAUCUUCUGGGGCAGAUCUCAAAGCCCAGGCUUUGAGAUCCACUAUUUCAUCUCCGGCGUGUCCAGAGAAAACAUCGAGAAAUGGCGCAUCCUCCAGGGUCUCUGAAUGUAAAAGUUCCUCAGACGGAGCGUCAGACUUAACACACAGGAAGCAGCAGACGAGCAGCAGAAAGACCGUUAACAAAGACAAAACUGCCCCAGACCAAGUACGUAAUUCUGACAAUGAGGAAAAACGUUGGGACCAGAUUGUGAACUGUUCCCAAAAGAAAAACUGCCCCGAAUUGGAUAGCUCACUGUUAGAAAGAGAGGAAAAACUUUGGGACCAGAUUUUACUGAGUUCCCAAAAGAAAAACUACCCCGAAUGGGGUAAUUCAACCUCAGAAGAAGAGGAAAGACUUUGGGACCAGAUUUUACUGAGUUCCCAAAAGAAAAACUACCCCGAACGGGGUAAUUCAACCUCAGAAGAAGAGGAAAAACUUUGGGACAGGAUUUUAAUGAUUUAACAAAAGAAAAACUGAUCUAGAUUAUGAGGUUUUCUAUGAUGAACAAAAUGAUUAUCCUCAGAUUCCAGCUGCCAUAAAGACGACCUCUGUAGAGGACAACCUCUGUAGAAGUUCCCCAACAGGUUCAGAAAUCGUUCUCAGUUUUUAAAGCUUUCUGAACCUGUUCUCAAGAAAAUGUGUACAAAAGCGGGAUUCAUAAUGAGAAGCAAACACAUGAAGAGAAACGCCACACUCCACAGAAAAUCCCACCUAAUGGUUUCUCCUGCCACUAAUCUCCAAAACAACAAAGCUGUUUUU